AUCACAAAAUCAACAAUGGGAAAGGAUAACGAAGUAAUCGAGGGUGUCAAGAAGAUCGCGCUCGGUGAAGGGAGUGAAAAGCCUGCUCAGGGAGCUUCUCAAGCCCCCAGAGCUCCUAAGGCUGACAAAAAGUCGAAGAAAGUUGUUAGUAGUACAGCUACGGGCCCUUUGGAGGUGCACAAUACACCCCCCCUUCACAAACAAGAGUUAUUUCUGGGUAGGACUAAUUUUUGUUCUUUAGUUGGAACCUCCUCCCGGGUAUAUUUCACAUAGAAUUCAACUGUUUGAAAGACUGAAAGCCGAAUAUGAUCAAGAGGUCGCUGGUACGGGUGGACUAUUGUUUCAACUUUGAGUCAUUCAGCUGAACAGCUUCUUAUAGCGAGACCUCACGAGGACAUCGCUAUCAGUCUCCCCGAUGGAAAAACUGUUGCCGGUAAAUCUUGGGAAACUACUCCAUCUUCAAUUGCCCGCGGAAUUAGCAAGAGCCUUUUUGAGAAAACCGUUAUCGCAAAGGUCGACGGCAAGGUGUGGGAUUUGGAAAGACCGUUCGAGAAAUCUGGAACCUUAGAGCUUUUGGAUUUUGAAGAUCCGGAAGGUGGGUCACUUCAGAUACUUCUACUGUUAUCGCUUUGUUGACAUUCCAUUCUAAAGGUAGACGUGUGUUCUGGCAUUCAUCGGCCCACAUUCUUGGUGAAGCAGCUGAGCGCCGAUUUGGAUGCCAUCUUUGCCUUGGACCUCCGACUGAUGAUGGAUUCUUCUACGAAAUGGGUCUUGGUGAGGGUGAGGUUGUCACGGCUGCCGAUUACAAGCCGUUGGAGACCAUUGUCCAGAAAGCCAUCAAGGAGAAGCAACCUUUUGAGAGACUGGUUAUAUCAAAGGAAAACCUUAUCGAGAUGUUCAAACACAACAAAUAUAAACAGACUUUGAUUGGAUCUAAGAUUCCAGAUGGAACCAGUACUACUGUUUACAGAUGCGGACCACUGAUCGAUUUAUGUGUCGGUCCUCAUGUUCCAAACACUGGCAGAGUAAAGGCUUUCCAGGUUAUGAAGGUACAGUACGACCCUUUUGUCUAGCUAUUGCCUGCUUUGUUUUGCUUUUGAUUUCUUUUUUUUUAAAAAAAAAGGAAAAUAAAAAUUGACAAUUGUACAGAACUCCUCAUCGUAUUUCCUUGGCGAUGCUAGCAAUGACUCACUCCAGCGUAUUUACGGUGUCAGUUUCCCUGACAAGAAACAACUUGAGGAGCACAAAAGGCUCCUCGAAGAAGCUGCUAAACGCGACCAUCGUAAAAUUGGUAAAGAGCAAGAGUUGUUCUUCUUCCACGAGCUUUCCCCUGGUUCAUGUUUCUUCCUCCCACACGGGACCCGCAUCUACAACACCUUAGUUGACUACCUUCGUCAGGAGUACUGGAAACGUGGGUAUGAGGAGGUUAUCAGUCCCAACAUGUAUAAUGCCAAACUCUGGGAGACUAGUGGACACUGGCAAAACUACCAGGAAAACAUGUUUACCUUUGAGGUUGAGAAGGAUAAGUAUGGUCUCAAGCCUAUGAACUGCCCUGGCCAUUGUUUGCUCUUUGGGCACCGCGAACGCAGUUAUAGAGAGCUUCCGUGGCGAGUUGCGGAUUUUGGAGUUAUCCACCGCAAUGAAUUUUCUGGCGCCCUUACCGGAUUGACUAGAGUUAGAAGAUUCCAGCAAGAUGAUACUCACGUUUUCUGCACCGAGGAGCAGGUUAGUAAUUCCUCCAUCCCAACAUGUCAAUAUUCAAUAUUCAUGUAGAAGGGGCAAAGGUUGGGUCAGAAAUCCACGGACUCUUCGAUUUCCUUAAGACCGUCUACGGCCUUUUAGGCUUUACCUUUAAACUCAAGCUUUCCACCCGCCCAGAGAAAUUCGUCGGCGACGUCGCAACCUGGGAUUCCGCUGAGGCUCGGUUGACGAAAGCCCUUGACGAAUUCACCGCCAGCGGUGGUGGAAAGUGGGAAAUGAACCCGGGAGACGGCGCCUUCUACGGCCCCAAAAUCGACAUCACAAUCUCGGACGCCCUUCGCCGCGAAUAUCAGUGUGCUACCAUUCAGCUCGAUUUCCAACUUCCCCAGCGCUUCAAGCUAGAGUAUAAUACCGGUGAGCCCUCGGCGAAAGGUGAGGACGGAACAGGUGAGAUGGGGCACUACAAGCGCCCCGUUAUGAUUCAUCGUGCUAUCCUUGGAAGUCUGGAGCGCUUCAUCGCGAUCCUCACGGAGCACUUUGGCGGGAAGUGGCCGUUCUGGCUUAGCCCUCGACAGAUCUUGGUCAUUCCUGUAAUGGCUGCCGCGAACAACUAUGUGCUUGAGAUUCAAAGGUUGUUUAGAGCAAAGGUGAUGCAUGUUGAUGUUGAUAUCGGAUCGAACACUAUGGCGAAGAAGAUUAGGACUGGGCAGUUACAACAGUAUAACUUUAUAUUUGGUACACCUUACCCCCCCUCUACCGUUCUUAAACCCUUGUGUGCUAACAGUGUUAUAGUUGUUGGAGCUGAAGAGGAACGGUCCCGUUCUGUGAACAUCCGUAAUAGAGACAACAAGGAAACGCAGAAUAAGGGUGAAUUAGUGCCGAUCGACGUGGCGCUUGAGAAGCUCUGUGCACUCAGGGAUGAGAGGAGGGUGGUUAACGAACUGUAG